AUGGGCAAGUCGACCAAGGACCAGCGCGACCACUUUUACCGCCAAGGCAAGCAGGAGGGCUACCGCGCGCGGUCCGCGUACAAGCUUUUGCAGCUCGAUGAGCAUUAUGGGCUGUUUGGCCAAGAGUCGCGCUCGCUCGCGAGCCGAAUGGCGCAGAAAAGGCAUCAAGACGACGCGCUCGCCGACGCGCUCGGCGGCGCGCUCAGCGACAAGGUGCGUGCGGCGCUCCCACCGCGCCAGGAUGCGCCGGGCUACGUGAUCGACCUGUGUGCGGCGCCAGGCUCGUGGAGCCAGGUGCUGAGCCGCCUGCUCGGCGCGAGCGGCGCAUGCAUCGUCGCCGUCGACCUGCAGGCCAUGGCGCCGCUCGAGCACGUUACGCAAGUCGUCGGCGACAUUACGACCGAGGCCACGGCACAGGCUGUAGAGCGUGCAUUCUGCGAGGCACAGCGUGAUACCCCGUCGGUGCGGCGCGCCGACUUGAUUGUGUGCGACGGCGCGCCGGACGUGACGGGCAUCCAGACGCUCGACGAGUACGUCCAGUCGCAGCUGCUCAUGGCGGCGUUCUCGAUGGCGCUGCGCAUGCUGCGGCCGGGCGGAACGUUUCUCGCAAAGGUGUUUGUGCAGCCGCAGAGCGCGUCGGCGCGCCUGCUCCUUGCGCAGCUCCGCCGCUCGUUCCAGCACGUGGAACUCGCCAAGCCGAGCAGCAGCCGCGCGUCGAGCGCAGAGCACUUUGUCGUGUGCCUCGGCCACGUCCAGCACGACACAUCGCUCGAGGCGGCGCAGCAGGCGUUCCUAGGCGACCUACAGGGGUAUAGUUAA